AGUAAUAAUGAAAUUUUAGACAUAAAAUUGAGUAUUAAUUUUUUAUUUACGAGUUAUAUUGAUCGAUACGAAUACGACACGAAAAUAAAUUGGUUGACAUGACGUGACACUAUUAUUCAAUCGAGUUGAAAUAUAAUUGACUAAGAUUUGACCCGAACUAUAAAUAAUCCGACCCGAUUGUCGCCUCUAAACUAAGUCCAACGCUGGUUUUUGGAGAAAACGCCACCAAUUCUAAUUAGGAAAGGUUUGAUUUCCAAGCAACUAUAACCCACAAAUACUAUCCCGCGUAUAAACAAUUACAAAAAAUCUUAUUAGGAAAGGUUUGGAAAGUAAAGGAUUAGUACUAGUAUGAUCAAGUUAGAACUCCCAUUCCUCCUAAAAAUCAAAAACCAGUUAGGUUCUCUGCUAUAUAUGCAUAUGGGUUCUUCUUCUCUUUUACUUUUCAACAAUUCCCCCAUAACAAACAACAAAUUUCUUGCUCCGCAAUUGACAGCUGAUAUGACGAAGGGUAUUGAGCCAGAUCCUUCGCUUGAUAAAUUCGAAUGGCUAGUAAUGGCUGCGAUGAUCAAAUACGAUGAAGAAAAGUUGCAAGAAAGUAGGGUGGAGAAUCAGCAGCAACCGCCUGUUACCGGCCAACCCGCCACGUCCGGUGACGACGAGUCCUCUGAGAAGCCUUCUGUGUCAGAUUCAGUUCUUCAAUGUUCCAACAAGAUAAAGAAGCCGAUGGUAUUAGACGAUACAGACUUGUAUUACAAUCAAGAUGCACCUGAUGAGUACUUCAAUCAGAUGUUAUCUCAGGUGCUUGAGCUUGAGCUUGAACCAUCGAUGGUUGAAAGGGCGAUGAAAGAGAAGGCAUGGGUGAGACCUAUUAUGAUGACAAACCCAAUCCUCAAGGGUAAGUCCGAGGCAGAGAAAGAGAACUCAUCGACAAGGCCUGUAAUGGCAUACCCAGAGGGUGUGUGCAGAGAAGAGAAUGUGAACAGGGAAAGAUUGCUAAAGAAAACUCAGGCGAACGAGUUCUUCGGUAGGCCUUUCUCUGGUGUGCUUGAUAUAUCGAAGGGUGAAAGGUUGACGAAAGAGAAGUCUUCGAAGAGGGCUGUUAUGGCAUACCCAGAUGGUAUUUCCAGGGAAGAGGUCCUAAGGAGAGAGAGAUUGCUCAAGAAACCGGUUGUAGAGAUCCCACGAAAGAUGUCUCCAAAGGAUUUGAAACGACACAAAUUUGAAUUUGAUGACAGUGAUGAAGAUUAUAAGGUCAAGAAGAAGAAUAAGAUCAGCAAGAGUGUGACGAAAAAAGUUACUGAUCAGGGUCCAAAUCCACCACCCCCAUUGCCUAUUGAAUUCAGAGAACGUAUUUGCGAGAUGGGUGGUUCGGAGAAGGACGCUGUGUUGGUGAUACAGAAGCCAUUGUUUUCGACAGACACAAGUUCUGGUCAUAACCGCUUUUCGAUUCCGUUGAGACAAGUAAGGUCUGAGUUUCUCGACGACUCUGAGAAAAACUACCUUAAAAAUCAUAACGGGAAGGCUGUGGCUGCCAUGGAAGUGACCUUGAUUAGCCCCACGCUUGAAAAGUGGAAAGUAGGGUUCAGGAGGUGGGAGAUGAAGAAGGAAACAGGCAAAACUAGCUCAUGUUAUGUGAUAAACUCUACGUGGAGAAUGAUUCAGAAAAAGAAUGGUCUUAAACCAGGAAUGGUUAUGCAACUAUGGGCGUUUAGGUUUAAUGGCGAACUGUGUUUUGCUCUCGUCAAGCUUCCAAGAGGAGGAGGGGGAGGAGGUGGUGUUGGUAGCAAUGGCGAUGGAAGUGGUCCAAGUACUGAUAAUGGUAAAGACAAGACAUCACCACCUUCUUCAUCCGAACCAGGGCACUAUUAGGGUUGAUUUACUUUUGAACCUAUUUGUUUAUCUAGCAAUUAGAAGUAUAUAUAUGAGGCUUUUUAUUUGCAGAACUUCUAGUUUUUAGGUUUCUUCUGAAAAACAUGAUUUUAAUUUCUGCGUAGAACGAACUAUGAAUGUUUAUAUUUUCGGUUAAUCCAUGUAUAAAUCUUUUAAAAUCAUAAAUCCAUUUUGAGUCUUCCAUCCGAUCUAAAUAGCUAAAUUAACUUCGAAUGUUAACAUUUUACUUCUGUUUUCAAUUAAAUUUUUUUUUACUUUUAACUGAAUUUCAUCAAAUAUUUAUGUGCAAUCACAUACAAUUCAAAUCAGAGCAGAUAUUGGUAACUCUAAAACCCGAAUCCUGAAAAUUCAGAUCGGAGCAGAUUUGUUCAUCUGAUCAGCCAUUGUCUUUAGAUUAAUGGCGGACCCUAAUAUGAUCGGGACAAAGUACCAAUUUUAGGAUAAUAGUACAUAGCAUUAUAUCCAUAACAUUUUUCCAGCAGUCAUCAGCUACCCGAAAGUGAACAGUAACACCAUGAGGAGCAGAACAGUAACACCAUUGAUCGUAGGUAGCAUACUAAUUGUCUUGAUAUUAAUUGCACAUUAAUCUUUGGAACAGUGUAGUAAACCUUAAGGAGCAGAAGAUAUGGAAAAGGGAAAUAGAACAAUUAAAAACGUCGUACCUCCUUGGCUCCAAUGAAACUAUAUAUGCAAAAACAAUGAAAUUACUGCAGGUCAAAGAUGUUAUUGCAAGUUGGUAUGGAGGUCAGCAUUAGCAGAUGUAGUAAUUGUAAGAGGGAAGUUAAAAGUAGUGUGCCAUUGAAUUGAUAUUCAUCGUGUUCAAUUGCAGCUUAUGGAAUGGAAGAAUCUCUGAUUCCGACUACAUUGCAUGAAAAAUAUGUAAAAUUGAAGCUAAUUGCCCAAUUGAUCUAAAUCAUUGGUUUGGCAGGUACAUAUUCGAGAAUUGGAUGAACCUGAAAUCGACACACAGCAAGUAGUAGUGGUCACCUUGCGUCUUAUAUGAUUAAUCUACUAUCAAUGCUUUCUUCACCACUUCAUAUUUCUCUAAGAAAGUAAGAACAAGCAAGAACACAUAGUUUGAAACAAGAAAGGAUGCAAUUCUCUGUUGCAGGGUAUAAAUAGGAGUGGAACAAAUUUGCUCUGUGAUUAUAGUUUGAGAAGACUGAUGCAGGGCAGAUAGUGAGAAGUUUCAAAGGGAUUCUAAAAAUGAA